AUGGGAAGAGUAGUUACUAGAAGCCAGAGACUUAAAUUAUUAAACAAGUGCAGCAACGAUGAUUCAAACUCUAACUCAAAUAGUAGUGAGAGAUGUGAAGUGAUUUCAGAGGUGUUGCUCUCUCAAGACUUGAUGCUUCAUAUUCUUACUUUGCUUCCUCUCAAAUGUCUUGUUAACUCUGCAAGGUAUGUUUGUAAACCUUGGGCCACUAUUAUUCAAACCUCCCAAUUUGCUCAAGCAUGCCUAAGACAUUCUAAACCUGGUCUUUUGGUUCAAUGUUUUUAUCAUACUUAUUUCUUGGGUAUUAAAGACUAUGUGAAUGGUCAGUUUGAAUUUGAAAAGAGUGAUAUGGGAACAAAGUCGGGAAGAGUUAUUGAUACUUGUAAUGGCAUAUUGGUUCUUGUUGAGUACGACAAGAGUCUUGAUGAAGCAGUAGCUUUUCUCUUCAACCCCAUCACCAAGUAUUGCUUUAGAAUUCCUCCUUUACACCUGUCACAAAAACCAAAAAAACCUUGUUCACUUUUUUAUAGUCAAAUGACUUUAGUGUGUGUUCCCCAUACAGCCAAAUUCAAGAUCUUCUUCAUAGAUGUCCUAGAGGUUUCAGGAGCUUUUUAUUAUGUUUUCUAUGUCCUAACAAUUGGAAUAGAUAACUCGUGGAGAGAGAUAGAUAGGAAAAAAGCUUCCCUUUCCUGGUUACGAUUUUGGGAGAAAACACUUUAUGAUGGAGGUAAUCAUCUUUACUGGAUGACUCAAGAGCAUGGAAUAACUUUGGUGGAUGUUGACAAGGAAAUUGUUGUUGGGAAAUUUUCACCCCCCCCUGUGCCCAUAUAUUGUGCUGUCGAGGAUGUUCGGAGGUUCUUCCCGAGAUUCUUAUGGAUGGGAAAUCAGCUUUCUUGCAUUGUGACUAAAAGAAGGGUUAUUCAUGAUACAUUUCAAAUCUAUCUUUUGGAUUUUGAUUCUGGAAAAUGGUUUCAUUAUCAUGAUGUAGGACAUUUGGAUUAUGUGGCUGCCUUUGGUCAUGAACUUACUAUUUUUGAAAUUUCAUUUGAUUGCUGGAUUCAUGAUCAAAUCAUCUUUGAAAUUUUCUUUAAAGAAAAGAGGCCUCAAGCCAUCGUAAGGAACAUGAAUUUUAGUUACAGUGUCCAGACUAGAAAACUAACAAAGAUUGAGGGCAUUAAGAAUGAGAACAUUUUCGUUGGUGAUCAUGUAAUGCUUCACACCAACAGUCUAAUUUCAUUGCCAAGUACUCCAACAUAG